AUGGAUGAGGCCAUGCCAGAAGAGGGCGCCGCAGAGAAUGAUGCAUAUUUGGGAUACACCAGCAUGUUUCCUUACUUGGAAGAUAAUGCUGUUGCAAGAAGUUCCGAAGCCACCGGCCCUGCACCUCUUGCUAAUAGACAGCCUUGCGUACCAUCUGAAGUACAUCCAGAGCCAGAACCCAUUGUCGCGCAUCUUCUCGACCUCUUUUGGCAGUGGCAGGCGCCUCAUUUGCUCGCGAUCGAUCGCGACUUGUUUGUCCGCCAUCGGAAGCUUUGGGACGACAGUGGAGGCCAAGGCGACCGCAAUUUCUACUCUCCUACUCUACUGUACGCGAUACUUUCGCUGGCUUCGAUGAUCAGUCUUGAUAAGGGUGUUGUGCGUUACUCUGCAUCAUCUGGCGGACUUGCUGGCGACAAUUUUGCGACAAGUGCGUGUCAGCUGCUUGACUUAGAGCUUGAGCACCCAACCAUCACAACAGUCCAAACAGCCUUGAUCCUGGGCUCUAGGUUUGAGGCAGCAGGGCAUACCUCUCUGGGCUGGAUGUACAGUGGAUAG